UUCGUAAAGCAUCAAGAUCUUCGAUCUCGCGUAAAAUCCCCGAGACAAUGUUUUCGAUAUUCCUCCGGGCAAAACAAUAAGAAAAUGUAAGAGACGUUGCGGGAAUGGUAGGUUGCGAGAACUCAUGGAAAAUCGUUGUGAUCAAAAGCGUUCAUUCUUUACGUAAGAAACAAUAUUACGUGAAAGUGUCCAGUUCUGGAAUUUGACUGGUUUACGCGAAUGACGCGCGAACUAAUACAAAUCUCAUCCAUCUAGACCCGGCGCUAUUAAACGACUAGUCAGCCGUGUCCUCAAACUGGUGGAACUUCUGAUCACAAUCACCGCCUGCGUAAGAAGUCUGCCACAGUAAAAUGUGUCGUCCGUAAAUGCCAACAGGCAAAGGAGUUGUGUUAAUUACACGUGGUAACGCGAGGAAUCACGACCCACCAUCUCUCCCUUUUCUCAUUUUCCACGAACCGGUGCCACCGGCCGGUGCCAGCCUGUUGGCCACUUUCCUUCCUUCAUAGAUGAACGGUGACGUCUGCGCCGGAAAACACCGCUAUCUUACACAUUUAAGGGGACGCGUGUUGUUGCAAGAGUAAAUGAAACAGGGACCCCAUUGACGUCACGACGGCCAAUGACGAAGAAAGCAUCCACGAUGGGGAACUAAAUAUUACCCGGUACGAAACAGAGGAUUGGUCACUUCAGAGGUGGAGAUGAGGUGGCUACCACCCACGGCUUCUUUACCUUAAAACCCCGGCAGUGGACAGGGAGAGUUCACUCAGUUUUCAGUAAACCGCCAGGAACGAUCCAAGCCUCUUGAAACAGCUCUUACACCUCGACGACUAUUCUCGACUAAAUCGAACAUUUGUCGGAUAAGAUUCGGUGAGAACAAGAGUUGGACAGGAACUUGAUCGGAAGUUUCUCGAGUAUCGACCGGUGUUGGCAGUUCGUCAACUUUUAGCCUAAGGAAGCAACGAUCAAUUUGGAUCAAAUUUUAAACCAUGUACCUAUACACCAUCGUGGGGAUCAUUGUUUGCAUUCUGCUCGUCAACUUCACAGAGAAAGAAUUUACAGAGGCCAGGAUACGAUCGGAGAGGUUCCACGUUCGCCAUCAGGGUAUUUAUCGACAACUCCGCGAGAUACGUCAUCUGAUCGAGUCUAGUAAUCAAUGGAGGUCGAAGAAUUUGUCGGAAAUCAACGACUACCGGGCCGUAUGGAUGAAUUCGAUAGCUGUGCAACGAAAACGACGCAAUUUGGAAAUAAUAAACGAUGGGUUCGUGGUGGAAGUGAGCAGGUUGCAAAAUGCAUCGAUCUGCAAUUACACGAUUGAGCCAGUCGGGGAGAUAUUUGGCAACCGGGUGCUGAGCAAUCUGCAUCACAUCAAGUGCAAUCCAACCAAUCUUGGUAACAAAUGUCAGAGCAAUAAGCCUCAUUGUUGUAUACAGACCUAUGAAAUAAUAGACCUACCCAUCCCCAAUAAAGCGAAUGAACCAGUGACGAUUUAUACCGGAUGCGUAUGUGCGCACCUUCAUACGAUUAAAGCGAAGAAUUUUAAAAUGAAAGAACUGGAUUACUAAUGAUCAUAAAACCCAGUGAAGAAAUGAUAUCGACAACGUUGAAUUAGAUGGAAGUAUCAGUUAGGGGUUGGUAUAGGUGAUAAUUUCACUAUCCUAACAUUCGCUAGUGUUAAGGUUAAUAUACAGUGAUUUAAAACGUGCGUUUAGAAUACCGUGUAGAAUAGUUAUUUUAUACUCGUAGUUACUAACUCUGUGUUAAUUCAACACACGUUAAGUGCCUUGUUAGAUAUUAAGAACGUAAUAUUAUUGUUUAGUUUUCUCGGUCCAGACCGUUCCGGUAAUUAUUCGAUCUAUAUUAAGUAUGUAAAUGGCUAGUUUUUUUUUUUAUCAAGUAAUGUAGCUUGAUAACUAUCUGAGAUAAUAUAAUGAUCAAAGUCAUGAAGCCAAUUACAAUUGUAGAUCCGUAAAUAAACUUGGAAUGUUUAGUGACGUCCGGAUACGGAGAAUCUCGAUUUGCUCAAUACUCGUUGUUCCACGGACAAGUGUGUCCUUGUAAUAUUAUGUAAUAAGAUAUUAUCUUUGAUUAUUUAUAGAAUAAAAUCGUUCUGUUGCCAAA